AUGGAUAUUACGAUAUUGUUAGCAUUAGCUUCCGCUAUAGGUCUCGUAAUAAUUUGCCUAGCUGUAUAUUUAAAAUUAGGCAAAAAUGAAAAAGCUCCUGAAAGACCAAGGCCAGUUGCUAAUAGGGUGAGAGAUGGGGCCCCUAGAAGGGCUCAAAUGCUCAGGAAUCGAGGUGCUAGACAGAGGGUCAAUGUCGCUGUAGAUGUGGCUGACCAGCAAGAAGUUCAUGCUGAAGAAGCAGAACAGGAUGUUGAUAAUGAUACUGUCGAUGUGGCAGAGGGAAAAAUUGGGGCUAAGAAAAGGGCAAAGUUGGAGGCCAAGGCAGAGAAAAAGGCAGCAAGAGAGGCUGAAGAGCAAUUGAGGGCUGAGAAGAAAAAGAGGCAAGAAUUGGCUGAGAAUGAGAGAAGGCAGGCAGACGAGAAGGAGAAGCUAGAAGAGAAGAUGAGGGAAGAAGCUGAAAAGAAAGCUAAGGAGGAGCAAGAGCGCAAGGAAUAUGAAGAAUACCUGAAGAUGAAAGAAGCAUUUUCCAUAGAAGAAGAAGGCUAUGAAGAAGGAGAGCAAGAAGAAGAACAGAACCUUCUUCAAAAAUUCGUUGAAUACAUAAAAAAUAACAAAGUGGUAGUUAUAGAAGACUUGGCAGCUCACUUCAAGUUGAAGACACAAGCUGCUAUUGACAGGAUAAAAGACCUGCAGAAAGAUGAUAUACUGACUGGAGUUAUAGAUGACAGAGGGAAAUUUAUAUACGUUUGUCCUGAAGAAAUGGAGGCAGUUGCAAAGUUCAUCAGACAGAGGGGGAGAGUUUCAAUCAGUGAGCUGGUUGAAAAUAGCAACAAAUUGAUAAAUUUGAUGCCUAGUACAACUUAAAAAUAGAAUGCUGUGAUGAAAGUAAAAAAAAAAAAUUCGAGUGAUUAUUUUGGAAAAUAUUUAUCACAAAAAUAUAAGCUGGAUGAAAUAUUUAUAAUUAUCAUUCAAAGCAUGGACUCAACAAAUAAUGCCAUAUUCAGUUCAUUUUUUGUUUGGAAAGAUUUCCAUAUUUUCUGGAAGCCCUUUGAUCCAUGAUUGUAGAUACUAAUAUCUUGUAUAUAUUAUAAAAUUUUACAAAUACAAAAUAUUUGUUUCAGAUCAGAUGUUUCGAUUGUUUUCGUGAAUGGUUCAAAAAUGUCUUCUUGGAAAAUACUAAUUUUGUUUAUAUUGUAUUGUCAAACACCUUUCGCACUUAAUUCUACAUUCUAGUCCGAUAAUUUUUUUUACGCAAGAGGCAAAAUUCUGCACAGUUAUACGCCAAUUUUUGUUUGAAAUAUGUUCCUCAAAAACAGGAUAAAAACGUAAUUAAUUUUGCCAGAAAUAUAUAUGUGAACUCAGUUUAUAAUGACAUUUUUACGCGAAUUUGUAUGUUUUGGUGUUUUUGGAUUAAUAAAGAACAUAUUUCAGACACAAAAACUGACCCACUGGCUGGUAGGCCUUAGGAGUAGGGUUUUAAGUAAAAUAAGGUAUAGAAAAAUAUACUUUUAUUUGCGUUUUUUCUAACUCACAACAUCAUGUAUUUUCUUAUGUUUUUUCAGACCAUUCGAAUCGUAAAAACCUAAACUACAUAUAUCACAUUGAUAGCUUCUUUCACCUGUAUGGAUCCUGAUGUGCACUUUCAAGUUUCCAUUAUGAGCAAAAGCUAAAAAGAAAAAUGCGUUUAUACCGGUGGUUUAUACAAUAUGCAAGGUGUAAAUAUGUGAUUCUGCUACAAUCCAAUACACAGUAAUAUUGAAACUAA